AUGACUCUUGAAGAGAAGAAUAUCCCAACAGCGUACAAAUCAUCUUCAUCAGAUGAAGUACAACAAACAGAUAUUGAAAAAAGCAAUCAUCAUCUUCAUCAAGAAUAUUUAUCAGAUUUUGAAAAACAAGAACGUACAAAUCAAUUAGCUUCAGAUUUAAACAUUAAUGAAAAAAAAUUAACUUGGAAAAUUGAUCUUUGUGUUGUUCCCCCACUAGUGUUGUUAUACUUUCUUGCAUUUUUGGAUAGAAUAAACAUAUCAAAUGCAAAAGUUUAUGGGAUGGAGAAGGAUUUAAAUCUUCAUGGGAAUCAAUUCAAUACUGCAUUAACUGUUUUUUUCGUUCCAUAUGUGUUUUUUGAAUUAAUUUCAAAUUUCUUGUUGAAAAAAAUUGCCCCUCAUAUUUGGUUAUCUGGUUGUAUUUUCCUAUUCGGUAUGAUUACAUUAGCUAUGGGGUUUGUGACAAAUUUUUCAGGUUUGAUUGCUUGUAGAUUUUUCUUGGGUUGUGCUGAAUCUUCAACUUUUUGUGCAAUUUUUUAUCUACUUGCAAAUUAUUAUACAGGUUCUGAAGGUCAAAAAAGAUUUUCAGGUUUUUUCUCAGGUACGUGUCUUGCAGGUGCUGCUGGUGGUGCUAUUGCUUAUAGAAUUCAUGAUUUAGAUGGUGUUCAUGGUUAUGCCUCAUGGCAAUGGAUUUUCAUUAUCGAGGGGACUUUCACUGCAGGUUUAGCAAUUUUAUUAUUCUUCAUUAUCCCAGAUUUCCCAGAAACUGCUAGAUUUUUAAAUUCAAAUGAACGUGAAUUUUUAAAAGAAAAAUUGAAAAUCCAUUCUACAAUCAAUUCAGGUUUUGAAGAGAAGACUGGUUUCAUGGAAAUGUUGAAAGCUUUUAAAGAUCCAUUAUUUGCAUUAACUGCAUUAGCUUAUUUUGGAUUAAUCAUUCCAUCUUAUUCUUAUGCUUAUUUCUCUCCAACCAUUAUUAAAGAAAUGGGUUAUUCAGGUGUCACUGCUAAUCAACAUUCUGUUUAUCCAUGGUUAGCUGCUUUUGGUUAUACAAAUGUUGUUGCUGUAUUGUCUGAUUAUUUCAAAGUUAGAUCCCCUUUUGCAAUUUCAUCAGCCAUAAUGGCCAUUGUUGGUUUAGCUCUAGUGUUGGGAAUGCAUGAUAGUCCUAAUGGUCGUUAUGCUGGUUGUUUCUUGACAGCUACUGGGUUAUAUUCUUCAAUGCCCUCAUUAGUGUGUUGGACUGCUUUGAAUUUUGGUGGUCAUUUAAGAAAAUCUUUAGGUACUGCUAAUCAAAUUGGGUUUGGUAAUAUUGGUGGUAUUAUUGCAACUUUUUUAUUCCUAACUAAAGAUUCUCCAAGAUUUGUAACUGGGCUUAGUGUUGGUAUUGCAUUCACAGUUUUCAGUAUUGUUUUGAUGGGUGUUAUUCUUGGAGUUUUGAAAAGAAGAAAUGUUCAAAAGGGCACUGAAGCUUAUAAACAAGAGUUUUUCGCACAAGAUGAUCGGACUAUUGUUUUACAAGGUGAUAGACAUCCAAGUUUCAAGUAUUUGUAUUGA